CUCUAACCUACCAUUGCUAAUUGCCACACGUCCACUAAUCAAAUCACCAACACUGUCACUUCACCCACGUUGCUAAAUUUUAGGCCUACAGCCUUCCGCAGCAAAAAUAGGAGUGCGCAAAAUGUCGACAGUGAAGAUAACACCAUCGGCAGCUGCAUUUUCAACCUCUAUCAAACACUUUGCCAACAUCCAACGCCCCAAAUUUAUAGCCCCCAGAAGAGCUUUUACUAUAAUAUCAAUGGCCCCUCUUGAGAUUUGUGUCAAACAGUCAGUUACUACCCCGAACAAGCUCGGCGACUGCCCCUUUACGCAAAGGGUUUUGCUGACUUUGGAGGAAAAGAACCUUCCAUAUGACAUGAAGUAUGUUGAUUUGAGAAACAAGCCAGAAUGGUUCUUGAAGAUAAGUCCUGAAGGUAAAGUUCCACUAAUAAAGCUUGAUGAGAAAUGGGUUCCGGAUUCAGAUGUCAUCACACAGGCACUCGAGGAGAAGUUCCCUCAACCUCCGCUGACAACUCCUCCCGAGAAGGCUUCCGUUGGAUCAAAGAUCUUUCCAAAGUUUGUUGCUUUUCUGAAAAGCAAAGACCCGAGUGAUGGAACAGAGCAGGAAUUACUUGAUGAGCUGACAGCUUUCAAUGAUUACCUUAAAGAAAAUGGCCCAUUUAUAAAUGGAAAUGAGGUAUCUGCUGCGGAUCUGUCGCUUGGACCAAAACUUUACCAUUUAGAAAUAGCUUUGGGGCAUUAUAAGAAUUGGUCUGUUCCAGAUUCAUUUCCCUACGUGAAGUCGUACAUGAAGAGUAUAUUCUCCAGGGAAUCAUUCAUCAACACGCGGGCGCUGAAAGAGGAUGUAAUUGAGGGUUGGCGACCAAAAGUCAUGGGUUAGACAAAUGAUAUCAUCAUCUUUUGCACUUUUGAGGAUUAGGUUUUUGUUGCAAGGUAUAUAUAGUAAGCUAGCAUUUGAAAGUCUCUAUGACUGUUCUUUGCCAUGUAUACUUUGAUUAAAACACAUUCUCGUCCUUAUUUGACUGAAUGAUAGCAUGAAUAAUAUAAGUAACACAUACAUCCAGAUGCUCUGUUGUGUAUGCAAAAGUUGUUAUUUUGUCAGGUAAGGAAUGUUAACAGUAUAGCAUUAAUGUUGGCCACUUUGUGCAGCAUCCUUGUUAAAAA